AUGCAAAAAGGAUCAGCCAGCAGCAAGGAGUUUAUGGAUCACGAUACAUGCUAUGAACUUUUCUGGACACUGUUAACAAAUAUGAAAAGUGAGACGAAUAAUGAUGAAGGGUUCAACGCAUCAGCAUUCGUUUCACUUCUCGACGAAACACAAAAUUGUGACAGAUAUAUCAACUUGUCGUCUUUUCGCCAAAAAUAUCAAGAUUCCUUGAAUGAUCAAUCUGGAAAUGAAGAUCUUUACAAACGGGUUACGCAGAACAAAUUGAAUUCAAGAGAAGAAAUGUUUUUGGUGGCAAAGGUCCAUGCAUUAUUUUAUCCUGGCUUGGAAAAGCAUAUAUUUAAGAAUUUAAGUCUCUUCAAUCAAUUGUAUUAUCAUACGGUUGAGCGUGGACAGCGUACAGCCGUCGCCCUUGGUUUGGCAAGUACUGUCAUUACCAGCUCAACGAUUCUCUUUCGGUUCCUUCGGGAUCAAUUUCGGCACAAUUCUAAAAGUCCGCCUUCUUCGUUUUCUUCGACCAUGUCACCGUCAAAUGGCACAAGCAAAUUGGCACCAGCUCAUAAUAAAUCUCGAUAUGAAGAUAAUUCUGUAUGUUAUGCACGGCAAAAUUGCAUCGCCAAGAACGAAAAAGAGGAAUUUUUCAAAAAAGUGAACGUACACAAAUCAAGGUAUACAACAAACAAAAUGGCAUCUUGCUGUCGCGGUGCUUUGGUUUCUUUGGCUAUCGUAGUGAUGUGUGCUGUUUUCUCCCGAGUUCAAGCCGAUUUAACAGAAACUUCAACAGCACAUAAUGUCAAGAUAACUGUUUCCAAGGAAGGAAGCGAAAUAAAGACGCAUUUUCAUGUUGAAAAUGCAACAAGAUCUGAUCUUAUUGAAUUAGCACAAAGAGAAGACAAUACUGAUGAGGUCGAAGAAAAUGAAGAAAAACCCAAAGCUAACAAAACCAACGAAGAUCCUUAUACAAAGAGCGUUUUCGGUGCACUUGAUUCAAUGCGAACAGAUUUUACGAAUUUCAAUGUAGACCAGUUCAUGAAAGUAGUCAACGACAAAAACCUAGUGAAGAAACCUACCACUACUACCCGCAAACCAGAGGCAGUCGUCGAUAACCAUGAAUUAGUUCGCAAAGUGAAGGCUAUCGUUGAAGCAGCGCAACCCAACGGUGAAAAUGGUCAGAAUGGAGCUGUCGAAGUGCCGACAACUGUUGAUGAAGAACAAGAAACUCAAGAAACUGCAGAUGAUUCGGAUCUUGAGAACGCUGGAAGUCCUUAUACGAAAAAUUUAAUGGCAGAACUUGGUUCUAUGCACAAAGGUUCAAAAACAUUCGAUCUUGGAAAGCUCUUUGCCGCAAUCAACAAGGACAAAGAAUUUCAAAAAGGGAGCACUAUCAAAAGAACAGUAGAUAGUGACGCUGUCCACUCUGAUGAACAUCGCUUUGGUGGUAACAGCACCAAUGAUUGCGCAUGCAAGACAAAUAAUGGUGUUUGCCGGCCUGUCGAUGCCCAACAAUGUUUGCUCCACGAGGGCGCUCGAAUUGUCAAGUGCGCAACAGGUGGAAAGUGGAUACCAGUUGAAGAAUGCAAAAAGACAUGUGAGUGGUCAACAGGAAAGCCUCCUGUCUGUGUCAAUUGA